UGGUAAGCAGCUAUCUCCGCGCCCCACUCUGAUUGCCGAACUGGGACGUCAAGACGUCGUCGAGCUGAGACAUCGACUCCAGCUUGUACUAUCUCUUGUACAUCCGACUAUACACUAUUUCAAUAUGACGGAGCUUCUUGAUCUUUGCUAUGAUGUUCUAAUCCGUAUACUUGAGGAGAUUGACCCACCUGACCUUGCCACCUGUGCUCAAGCUUCUGUGGGGUUCAAUGAGUUUAUAAAGAAGAACACCAGGCUAUACAAGGCGCAUUAUCUGAAAACCUUUGACGAUCCUCGUCGAAGACCGGCUGACCCGGAGCCGGAUUGGGUGCUGGAGCUCCAGAGAGCUAUUCGAUGCCAAAAGAUCCUUGAGUCAGCCGACAAUGACCUCAAGCGAGAUGAGUUUGAAUUCGUGACAAAAACUACCCUGUCGCUGGUAGCCACUGCCUCUAUUGACAAGCUUGGCGUAUCCUUCAACCAGCAGCUGCUUUCGGAGCUCUUUGACUCAAUCACACAAAAUCGAGAUGCAUUCAUGUGUCGGUCAUCACUGUAUGCGCGUGCUGGAACCAAUAAUCAGAAGCCCGCAGAAGACGAAGAAAGUCGCCAGUUGAGUGCGAAGCUGCAAUGCUUGUUCGGCAUCACAUCGACCACCGGAGGACGGAGAUCCCUAUCGACACAUCCUUUUGCAAGAUCUAACGUAUACGAUCUGCGCAACUACACUGACAAAACACAGUGGGGUCCCUUCCGAGACGACGGAAGCUUAAGAGUCAACUGGGAGAUGAUCGAAAGCCUCAUGAUCGUCCUAGGAUACAGCUCUGGGCUUUGUUGCCGUCGCUUUCUCACCAGAUUCAGACCACCAUGGACUAACCCCUUUGAAGGCGUCGUUCCAGAGCGAGCGCAGAUUCUGCCACAGUACCCAGCGUCACUGCCUAAGGAGAUCGAUAUCCCGUUGAAACUCAGGGAUCCUUACAAUGUCUCUGGUGUCUGGUCACGCAUCGUCUGCUUUCUCGACUACAACGACCUCUACCAUUUCAACUUCGACGAGGAUGCUGUACGCUGGCCGUCCGACGAGCCACGAGACCCAAUAGUUACCGAGGAAGCGAUUCGACACAUUAUGAUGGACAUCAAAGUCACCGACGUCAAGCCCGCUGGCCAGUUUGACAACGACGCGCUACCAGUGGUGCAUUUCGCCGGUGUGUCGCGGUCAGUCGAAGCGUCCUGGGAUCCUAAUGCGAACUCUGGUCUCCGAGGAACUGUGCGUCUUACACACGAAGGGGAAGUGCGGUGGCAGACCAUCUCGGUAUUUCACGGAGAAGAGAGAUGGCGCAGUGAUGGUAUUCAAGUUGGUGGACUGCGAUCUGAGCGCGGUGUGAUUGGGACCUGGUUUGACAAAGACUUUGAUCCGCAUGGUCCAGCAGGGCCGACAGCCUUCUGGAAGAUAUCAGAUCAGAACCUGGCCGACGAAGACGAGGAGGGCGACGGUCUUCUGGGUGCAUAGCAGGGCUAGGGAUUGAAGGCGUUGGAGUCUACAAUGUGGUCGAGUGUAUUAAGGAUGUACUGUACACGAACAUGACGCCCACUUUUCAAGACGCACAUGCGAUGUCGUCAAUGCUCUCCGA